AUGCCCACCCCCCGCGAAUCUGUUUUGGUCGAUGGGCAAAGUCUGCCGAAUCUGCAACAUAGCAUCUCAUCUUUGCCAGGGACUGCGAGGCGGAUAGGCGAGGAUGAGGCGCGCAGCAUAUAUGAGGCUCGAGCCGAAGAGCAAGGCUUAGACAAGAAACCGGCCGCGAGCCCAAACUCGUCUGGUGACGAAGAUGAGAAGACAAUAAUUUCCUGGGAUGAGGGUGACCCAGAGAACCCGUACAACUGGUCACAUAUCAGGAAGCUCCUCAUUCUAUGCUUGACUAUGAUGCAAGUCAUCAACAGCACCAUGGGCUCGGCUCUGCCUUCUAAUGCGAUCCCCUUCAUCACAGCUGAAUGGGACGUCACGAACGAGCAGCAAAAGGUCCUACCCAUCUCUGUCUUUCUCAUCGGCUACGUCUUCGGCCCUGUUGUCUGGGCGCCCCUCAGCGAACACCUUGGCCGGCGCACGCUGACGAUCAUCACCUUUAUUAUGUUCACCAUCUGGACCAUGGCGUGUGCUCUGGCGCCCAACUGGCCUGCGUUUCUCUUUUUUCGCUUCUUUGCAGGGGUGUUCGCAAGCUCGCCAAUCGCCAUUGUGGCCGGCAUCCUUGCGGAUAUCUACGGCGACACACAAUCCCGCGGCCGUGCCAUGACCGCCUUCAUGGUUACCACCGCCUUCGGCCCUCUCUUCGCCCCUAUCGUCUCCGGUUUCUGUUCCCCCACGAUAGGCUGGCGCUGGUCCUUCUGGAUAGCCCUUAUCUACGCCGGCGUAACGUUGGUGCCAAUCAUCUUACUUCCCGAGACCUACGGCCCGAUCCUACUCUGCCGCCGUGCCCGAAGGAUACGCAAACUCGACCCUUCUGCCAACGUUAUUGCACCCCGCGAAAUGGAACGCACCGAUCUCAAGCAGCUGGCCACCGUGGUGCUAACCCGUCCCAUGCGAAUGUUGGUUUCGGAACCCCUUGUCACCUGUACCUGUGCGUAUCUUGCCCUGGUCUAUACAAUCUUCUACAUGUCUUUCCAGGCAUUCCCCAUCAUCUUCCAGAAGCUAUACGGCUUAUCACCCGGCGUGUCUGGGUUGGCGUACCUACCCAUAGGUGGCGGUUCGAUUAUCGCGGUUCCCGUUUUCAUCGGCUGGGAGCAACGCCAUCUUCGCGCGCAGCGCGAUGGCUCUAGGUGGGCGAAGCAGGAAGAGUUGCGGCGUCUUCCUCUGGCCUGUGUCGGCGGCCCGCUGUUCUUCAUAUCUCUGUUCUGGCUAGGCUGGUCUUCAAGGGAGGGUAUCAGCUUCGUCGUGCCGAUGCUGGCAGGGAUCCCCUUCGGCGCAGGGUUCAUGCUCAUCUUCAUCGCCCUGCUUAACUACCUGACCGAUGCGUACGAGAUCUUCGCGGCUAGCGCUAACGCCGCGGCCUCGGGUAGUCGGUCCCUGCUGGCUGUCGUGUUGCCGCUGGCCACGACGCGCAUGUUCAACGAGCUGGGGAUCGCGGGGGCGUGUAGUCUGCUAGGCGGGAUGAGCGCCGUGAUGUGCGUCAUUCCCUUCAUCUUCAUCUGGAAGGGCGAGCAGAUCCGGGCCGGAUCGAGAUUCUGCAUUGCGUUGCGCGAGAGGAAGGCCGAGAUGGAGAGAAAGGUCGAAGAGCAGAAGCAGAGGGAGGCAAGGAGGGCAUCGCGGCAAGGCAUUUUGGCAGGUCAGAAAGCGGAGGAGGUAUAA